AUGAGGGGCAAGUGUCGCCUCUAUGGGAACGUCAUUGCUUUUUGGAUCCUUGGCUUGCUCAACAACUUCCUGUGGGUAGUGUUGAAUGCUGGAGCCAACGAGAUCAACUCAGCUGGAGUUGCGCUGGUGUACCUCGUUAAUGUGCUUCCGUCCCUGACAAUGAAGCUCAGUGGUCCAUACUGGUUUCACCAUGUGAGCUACAAGUACAGAAUUUGGUUGAUUGCCCUACUCAUGGUCCUCUGCCUCAUCCAGGUGGCCUGGGGCAAUGGGCCCUACCAGAAGCUCAUAGGAGUAGCUCUUGCAUCCUUUGCUGCUGGUAUGGGCGAGGCCAGCCUUUUGGCGAUGGCAUCUUUCUAUGAAACCAAGCCCUGUUUGACGGCCUGGUCUUCGGGCACCGGCUUCGCGGGCAUUGCUGGCUAUGUCUGGAGCCUUUUCUUCGACUUUCUGGACGUUUGCUUUCAGGUGGAGCUCAUGGUUGCCAUGUGGCUACCGGUUGCUUUCCUCCUGGCCUUCCACUGCCUCCUUGGGCCGCCCUGGAUUGACCAGGAGCGGGGCACGAUGAACGUUGCCCUCCCCGACUGUGCAGCAGAUAGCUCGGACUCCUACAGCGAAGAGGUAGAGAGUGAAGACUCGGUGAUUGAACACCAUGCCUCCGAGCUCGCAACAGGGAAGCUAUCUUUCCAGGAGAGGUUUUCCUUCAUCCUCUCGCUGUGGCCGUACACAGUGCCGCUCUUCUUCGUAUAUGCUGCUGAAUACACGAUUCAGUCGGGCUUCUGGGCUGCGAUGGGAUUCCCGGUCACGGAUCCCAAAGCUCGGCACACGUUUUACAAGUGGUCCAACUUCAUGUACCAAAUCGGCGUUUUCAUCUCCAGGUCCGCGUUUAUCCUGAUCUGUCGCAACCGAAGAGUGCUGUGGGCAGGUGGGUUUCUGCAGGUGCUCAUGGCUAUCUUCUUCGCUGCAGCUGCCUGGCAGCCCUUUGGCGACUGGUGGUUGCUGGCGCCGGCAUUCUUCGUCGGGUGCCUGGGAGGUGGCGUUUACGUUGGUGCUUUCACGCUGAUUGCGCAGGAGCAGAGCCCGUCCUUCGUGGAGCUGGCGCUUUCCUCGGCAUCGGUGGCUGAUACCUUUGGGAUGAUUGCCGCCAACAUCAUGGGCUUGCUCGUGCAGGGCUGUAUCUUUGGACACUUGCAGGUGUUGGAUGACGUGCCGGAUUUCAAGUGUGGCUACGACAUCUGGGGGUCGGUCAAUAAGACAUUGGCUGCCAAGACCUACCACGCGCAUUGCUUUGCAGGAGUGAAGGGCUGA